UCACCUUCAGCACCUGGAUGGUCUUUGCGCUGCCGCUCUCACUGCUGCUACUCGGGGUCAUGUGGCUAUGGACGGUAACUGUCGUCCUCAGAUGCAACUGCUGCUUGCGCGGCUCAAAGUUCAAGAACGAAUACGUUGAGAAAGUUAAUGAGAUGAUCAGGGAGGAGUACCGGAAACUGGGUCCUGUCACAUAUGCCCAGGCUGUGGUUGUUGUCAGCUUCCUGCUCAUGUUGCUGGCGUGGGUGACGCGAGACUUGGGUGAGGCGGGUGGGUGGAGACACUUGUUUCCUGGAGGAUAUGUAACAGAUUCCACACCUUGCAUUUUGUUUGCUGUUCUGAUGUUUACACUUCCUUCGUCCCUCCCGUGGUCGGGCAUUGUCAGGUGUCACAGAACAGCACCCUACAGAAAAAUCACCCCAUUGCUGACCUGGAAACGGCUAGAGCAGAAGAUGCCUUGGUCGCUGUUUCUACUGCUGGGAGGCGGGUUCGCCAUGGCUAAGGCCGCUACGGAUUCUGGACUCUCGGCAUGGAUUGGAAGUCAGCUCCUGGUUUUUCGUGACCUCAACCAUUGGGUCAUCCUGUUGAUCAUCUGCUACAUCAUCACCUUCCUGACUGAAGUGACUAGUAACACGGCCAUUGCCACACUCAUGAUGCCCAUCCUCUCUCAGAUGGCCACUGGUCUUCAACUGAAUCCGUUGUUUCUGAUGUUUCCUGGAGCCAUUACCACAUCCUUCGCGUUCAUGCUGCCAGUAGCAACGCCUCCAAACGCUAUUGUCUUCUCCUAUGGCAUUGUCAAAGUUGUAGAUAUGGUGAUCAGUGGACUGUUCCUAAACCUUAUAAGUGUUCCUAUCCUGCUGUUUGCCACCGCCACCUGGGGAAACGCCUUCUUCAAGUUCGACCAAAUGCCUCCAGAGUUUGCAUCAAAUGUUACCAGUGUCUUAUCAAAGAUCUAG